CCCGUUUCGUUCCGGAAGAGAGAAUAUCCAAUCGCUGUCCAAAUCUCCAUCGGCGUUCCUUCGCGUUUCCCCGGGAUCGCCCAUUGCCAUAGUCGGUGCGGCAUAUUGCUUCGUUCUUUACUAAUAGUCGGCUGCGCUACCGGACCGAAUUUUAGCCGGCGGGGGACGGAGAGAGGAAGCAGAAGAAGGCAGAGAUGUCGGUGAUGAUGGUGACGAGCUUAGGGGAUUUAGUGGUCGACUUGUUCACCAACGAGUGCCCUCUCACUUGCAAGAACUUCUUGAAGCUCUGCAAGAUGAAGUAUUUCAAUGGGUGCCUGUUCCACACGGUCCAGAAGGAUUUUACUGCGCAGACUGGUGAUCCUACUGGUACAGGUGCUGGUGGCGACUCGGUCUACAAAUUUCUUUACGGAGACCAAGCCCGCUUCUUCAACGAUGAAAUUCAUCCUAAUCUAAAACAUACAAAGAUGGGAACUUUUGCAAUGGCUAGCGCUGGAGAAAAUAUGAAUGCUUCACAGUUCUACAUCACGUUGCGUGACGACCUGGACUAUCUGGAUGGGAAGCAUACUGUUUUUGGAGAGGUAGCAGAAGGACUGGAAACUACUUUGACUAGAAUCAACGAAGCUUAUGUAGAUGAAAAGAAUAGGCCAUAUAAAGAUAUAAGGAUAAAGCACACAUAUAUACUGGAGGAUCCUUUUGAAGAUCCCAAUGAGUUACCUGGGUUGAUCCCUGAUGCUUCCCCAGAAGGAAAGCCAAAGGAAGAGGCUCUUGACGUCGUUCGGCUUGAAGAUGAUUGGGUUCCCUUGGAUGAGAAAUUACGUCCAGAAGAACUUGAAGAGAUUAUUAGGGAAAAGGAUGCACAUUCUAGGGCUGUUGUGCUCGAGAGUAUUGGGGAUAUCCCUGAUGCUGAUGUGAAGCCUCCUGAGAAUGUAUUGUUUGUGUGCAAACUAAAUCCUGUCACUGAAGAUGAGGACUUGCAUACAAUUUUUUCACGUUUUGGGAAUGUGGUAUCGGCUGAUAUAAUUCGAGAGUUCAAAACUGGAAACAGCUUGUGCUAUGCAUUUGUAGAUUUUGAGACCAGAGAAGCAUGUGAACGAGCAUAUUUUAAGAUGGAUAACGCUUUGAUAGAUGACAGAAGGAUAAAAGUUGAUUUCAGCCAGAGUGUUGCAAGACUAUGGGGUCAGUAUCGGCGCAGAGGCAAAGAUUCAGGUAAGAUAAGCAAAGACGUUCUGAUAAGUGAUUCAGUUUUGAUGCUCGAAUCCAAGACUUUUUGGCUAUGAUCCCAUUGGCUGAAUAAAUCAAAAUUGGAAAAGACCACUACCAUGUUGUUCUAUUGCCUACCUCACUUAAAGAAAACCUUUCCAAUUGAAUGCGUUUUUGUUUGAUUCUGCUUUCCUUUCUUUUAUUCUCGAUAUGAUCCUGUGACAGUUCUGGACCGGACUGGUCCAACGUUGCCUAGGAGGCAUGGCCGAAUUUGGACUUCUGUUUCUUGAUUUUCAAUGUUGUUUGUUACUUUCUCAUUAUUACAACAUCUGGAGCGCAGGUGGAGGUUGCUUCAAGUGUGGUGCUGUCGAUCAUCUUGCAAGGGACUGUACUGAAGGUCCUGGUUCUAAAAGUCAGGGUCCAAAGUACAUCCUGAAGGAUGAUAACACACAGCGUGGCAGUGAUAAUUCCAGGUAUGCCAUGGUGUUUGAUGGGGAAGCUCCUGGAAGCCCAAUAGAAGAAGAGAGUCGCAGAAGCCUGGGGGAACCAGAUGAGCAACCUGACAAGGGAAGGAGGAGGCAUAGAAAAACCUCAGAUGGUCGAGACGAAGAGAAGGAUUCAUCAAAGAGUAGGAUACGUCAGAGUGACAGAAGGCGGGUCGAUGAAGAUGAUGAUAGUGAUAGACGGCGUGACAGCAAAGCAACUCGGUAUCAACAUGACAGCAGAAUCAAAGACCACGGUGGUGAUAAGGGAGAUGGUAAAAAGACAAGCAUUGAUCAUCACGGUCGUGGAGAAAGAAUAGACAGCGACAGAGACAAAGAUCAUUACCAGAGGAGGAGUGGGGAAGGCGAUUACUGGAGAAGAAGCGACGAUGGCGAGGAUAGAAUUCGCCGGAAAGAGUUGGAUGAUGACAGUAAAGAGCGUAAACGAAGACACGGAGAGAGUGACAGGCGAGAAACGAGGGACAGAGAAGAACGAGAUGAGGGUAGAGAACAUAAGAGAAAAGACCCCGAUGGUGACCACAGGCGAGAAACUAGGGACAGAGAACGAGAAUUUAGGCACAAGAGUGACAAAAGGAGAUGAACCAUCAGACGUUUUAUCUUUGGCUUUCUUCAGGGUCUUAAGCCUGCACUAUAUUGGGAUAUGUUGUUUAUAGCCUCAACACAUCAAUGGUGUUUCGAAAGGAUGCCAUCUAUUGAUGGUUCCCCGGUUCCAUGAUACUAGACAGGAAAGAGUAUGAGAAUGUUUUCUUUGCAUUAUUUCAUCUGCUUUAAUUAUACAGGAGACUACAGCUGUGACCAAACUAUCAGCCUAUUUCUCUGAUCGUGUGGUGACAUUGCCGGGGCAGAUUCUUUCGCCAAAAUGUACACAUUUAAAUGUCGCCCCUUUUCACUUCAGCAAACGACAACUAUGUAUGAACAAGAUGAUGAACACAGCCUAUAAGAACAUGUUAUUUACAGCCUUGCUUGCAAUCUUUGCUACCUAUAAAAAGACCCUACUCUGUUAUAACUAAAACAUUCGGCUUUGAGGUAAUGCAUUGGUGGGGAUAUGGAAUUCAUUUGCCUCAACGAUCCCAACUCAAAACUCUUUCUCAUUCAUUGUCCCAGCUAUGGAUCAUUCAGCAUCAAAAUUUCGGCAGUCCCCCCACCUCGAAAGAAGCCCAUCGUCUUUCUGCUGUCGAAGUUCACCAUUCACUAUAACUGGUGCCACUUAUGUUUACUCAACACAAGCAUCCAGCAGUUGCAUUGUCUUGUUGUUUGUUUCACUUUACAGGU